AAUAGCAGACUCUCCUUGAAAACACGUCAACACGGAAAACUGGUAUUGUGGACAAUUUGCAUUUUAUCAGGGAAUUCUUUCUAACGCCAAUAAUUUCCGAGGUUUUUCGUUCUUAAUUUUUGAAAUGUACGUAUACACAAUUGCAGUGUUGAGCUUGGGCUUAGUUUUCUCCGUUACUGGAAAUCCUGUAGGCAUAGACCAAGGCAAAGAAUAUGAACAAGACAUCGAGAAAUAUAAGGACGCGAUUGCUGUGUCGAGUGAAUGUGCUGAUCGUGAUGGAGAUGCUACUGCUGGCAGCAAACCUAGGCCUAGCCCUGUAAUGGCCCUGUUCGAGGAUGGAAAACCUUUAACAUUAGCUUGCAGUAAAUAUGAAAAUCAUGUUCAAGCAGGACUAUGUUUAGUUCUUCUGAACCAACUAAAUGCAACAUGCAAUAGUGAAAAAUAUAACACAACAAUGAAGGAUUUGUUUACAGUUUUAAAAUUUAAGGGUUCGUUUGGAAAAGAUACUGAAUCCAAAAUAUGCGAUUCAGCAUUUAAAGACCCUGUUUUCCAGUCCAUUGACCCUCAUUCAUCUUGUGAGAUAUGUGAUGUUGGUUUACCUGUUCGUGUAGCUUGUAUAAUGUUGUGGCAAAUGAAUAUUGCCUCAGGAACAACAUCACCAUCAUCAGCAGAAACCAAUGUUACUUCUGCAGCAAACACAGGCACUGUGAGUGGAAGUCCAAAGAAUCAGAAUCCAGAGACAGUUGCUGGCAGUUCUGCUACUACUACUAAAGAUAAAACUGAUGAUGCUAAUAUUGAACAGAAGGGUGAUACAACUGGUGAAGGAUAUGUUAUUGAAACUCAUGAUGAUACUAAAACUAUUACUGGUGAAGACAAAGAAGAACCUGACAGUAAGUCAACACCUCCUGAAGAGAAUGCUGAUGCCAAUAAAUUUACAUCUCCUGAAGAGAAGACUGAUGAAAAAGAUUAUAGUGAUGAUGCUACUAAAAGACAAGGCAUUCCUUCACCUCCUGAGAGUUCUCCUGUUGUCCAUGAUCAAGAUAAAACUGAUAAUGGUGACCAAGAGAAGAUUCCUGAUGAUAUUAGAACUGGUACUGGAGAUGGAGGAGAAGCUGGAAGUAAGAUCACACCUCCUGAAGUUCCUGACAAGAGCACUGAUGGAAAAAAUGAUGAUAAUGAUGGUACUACUAAAAGAAUAGGAGAUCAAGAUUUUACUAAUACUGCUGGCAAAUCUACUGAAAAAGAGAGCAAAUCCGAGAGCUUUGAUACAUCUUCCCUGAUAACAUCUCCUCUUUGUCAAAGUGGUCCAAUGCUUGACUUUUACAAAGACGGUAAUAUCCAGGAGGUUAGUCCAUUUAACACGGCAUGUCAAUCUACUACUACUGACCCUGCUUCUAUAGAAGUCUGCAAGUCGGCCAUGGAUUCUUUACAGGAGUUUUGUUUACACAAUGAUAAAUACAGUAGCGUGGCAACUGCUGUAGGCAACUGGAUUACAUUUGACCCAACCCAGCCUGUAAAAGAUGAGGAAGGUCUCUGUCAAACUGCCUUUCAGAGUAUUCCUGGCAAUAAACCUGAUUGCAAGGUGUGUAGUACUCAAAGUGUGAUGCGUCCGGUUUGUUACAUGCUGUAUCAUUUGAAUUACUAUAUGCCGCGUGCAACAGCCAGUGGUAAUCCUGAUAAAAAUGGUGAUGAAGUGAAGAGUGAAAAUAAUGCAUUACCAAAUAAUGAGGGGGACAACAACGAAGGAGGCGCAACUGAUGAAGGAGCUAGAGGAGGCGCAAUUAAUCCUGAAGUAACGCACAAUGAUAAGAACGGUGAUAAAGUGGAGGGUGAAGGAAAUACAAUGCCAAAAAAUGAGGGGGACAACAAUGGAGAAGGCGCAACUGAUGAAGAAGCUGAAGGAGGCACAAGACAUGUGGAAAAUGAAACGAAUGAGUAUGUUGGUGAUGAACAGGUGGGAGGCCAAUACGAAGAAGGCAAAUUUGAUAAAGGAACUGGAGGAAGCACAACAAGUGAUGAAAAAGAUAAAGUGGAUGUAAAACCACCAGAAGAUGAUGGCUCAUUCAUACCGUUUAAUGAUUAUGGAAAUGAUCAAGAUGGAGAAUCCUCAAUUAUGGACGAAGGGAAAACAUUCCAAAAGGAAGCCAGUGAUAAUGACCACAAGGAAGAAGAAAUUGAAAUCGAAAUUACAGGGGAUGAACAACAAAACCCCAUGAAGGAGGAGACAUUGAACAAAAACACAUACAACGUGUAUAAGAAUCGCAAUUUUGCAGAAGAGGAAUCAUCAAGCCAUUUCUUAGCCUUUUCUCUAACGGCUAUUAUCCUUAUCCUAGCCACAUACAUUGCAUAUCACAACAAACACAAAAUAAUUGCUGUCAUCAUCGAAGGCCGCAGUGGAAGAAACGGCGGAAGACGAGGGGGCUCUUACCGUCGACUUAACCAGAAUGUGAGUGAUGCCAUGCCUACACUCAAAGCUUAGGUGUCAUCAUAACUUAGUUUCAAAGGGAGAAGUAUGAGCAAGCAAUAACGAAAAGUGAAUUUUUACUUUUGCAACCAGUAGAAAUAGUUCAAGUACCACCAGGUUCUGUUUAUUAUUAUAAAUAUUUUAAAAAGAGCUUUCAUUAAGACCAGCUCAGGCAACAUCGUGUGAUGUAGCGUGACAAGAUUUAUCUUCAGGGACAGUAUUUAAGUCAUCGUGAGAAUAUUAACAUGUUUAAUAUUCUACGACUCAACUUUGACCUGAUGCAGACCUUUCACGUCUGCGUUCAACUUCACAUUGACCAGAUGUGACAACAAAACACAUCAGGCUGCGUCAUUAUUACGCUGUCUAUGUUGGUCUUUAUGUGAAAGUUAACUUUUAUUUUCGUUUCCUGUAAUCUAAAUUGUAUACAUAGUGUUUGAUGUUUUGUGUUUUUACAGCCUAGUAUAAGCUAUCAGGCGCAAUGAAUGACUUAAAGAAAGUCCUGUCCAGAAUACAAAAUGUUAUUUGACAAAAAAAAAUCUCUCGCAAACUAACAACUUCUCACAAACGAAUACACACCUCUCACAAACUAAACAUACCACGAAUCAGAAUGUUGAAAAGUUUUUGCUACUUGAAAAAGAUCUCGCAAACUAACACAUCUCUCGCAAACUAACACUUCUCUCACAAACUAAUACACCUCUCGCAAACUAAACACACCACACAUUUAGAAUGUUCAAAAGUUUUUACUACUUUGUUAUUGUCUCCGAUGAAGUCAGCUAGGGUAAAACUGCAUUCUUCAGAAACAAAAAUAUGUGGCAAAGACAAGCCAAACCAGUCACUCGUCGCAAAUCCUGUUUCAGAGAUAAUGGCCAAUACAUGCUGGAAUGUAAACAUUUUUGAAAUCUAUUUUAUUGCUUUAAGCUAA